CAGUCCUCUCUUCUUUCAGGAUCUUUGGAGUCAGCCAACAUGGCGACCAUGUAAAGCAGACAGACUUUGUGCAGUGCCAACAAAAUGAGGGUUCCCCGAUGCGGCAUGGGGCUCCGACGAGCCUAUUUGAUUUGGCCAGUUCUGCUGCUUCUCCUGGUUGGUGCAGCCCUGGCCGCUCUGCUUCCCCCUGCUGAGGACCAAGGAGGCGCUGGUGUCCUGGGAGUGCUUCGCAGGGCAACAUCACAAAAGGAGAAUCGUCCUGCACAGGGCAACCAUGAAGACAAAGAGGAGGAGGAGCAGAAGUUCACCAUCAUCAUCCAAACUUACAACCGCACAGACAUUUUACUCAAACUCCUAAACCAUUACCAGGCAGUGCCUCAUCUUCAGCAGAUUAUCAUAGUCUGGAACAACAUUGGAGAGCAGACUCCUUUACAGUUAUGGAACUCUUUGGGGCCUCAUCCGGUCCCUGUGGUCCUCAAGGAGCAGACAAGCAAUCAAAUGCGCAACCGACUACAACCGUUCCCUGAGAUUGAUACUGAUGCUGUGCUGAUGCUGGAUGACGACACCCUGGUCAGCGUUCCUGACCUCAGUUUUGCUUUCUCUGUCUGGAAGCAAUUUUCAGACCAAAUUGUUGGGUUUGUCCCACGAAAACAUGUCUCCACACCAGGAGGAGUGUACAGUUAUGGCAGCUUUGAACUGCAAGAUCCAGAAGCAGCUGGAGGUGACAAAUACUCCAUGGUGUUAAUUGGCGCCGCCUUCUUCCACCGCCGCUACCUGCAGCUCUUCCAGGACCAACCCCAAGCAGUGCAUGCGCUAGUGGAUGAAACACAGAAUUGUGAUGAUAUCGCCAUGAACUUUGCUGUAGCACUUUAUUUGAGAAAACACUCUAUCGGCAGCGUUACCAAACCCUCUGGGGUCUUUGUCAAACCUGUGGACCUCCGUAACCUGGAAAAGGACGCCAGCAGCGGGUACCAGGGCAUGUGGCAUCGUCCUGAACACCUUCUUCAAAGAUCGUACUGUCUGAACAGACUGACACAGAUUUACGGCUUCAUGCCACUCUGCUUCUCCAACCUGAUGGUCUCCCAGUUUGGCUUCCCAAGCUACGCCAACCAUAAGAGUAGAGGCUGAGGAGCUGCCACACCGCUGACUGUUUUGGAUUGAAAGAAGACAGACUCGAGAAGCAGUCUGGUAAAUCUCGGCUCAGGAUUAUGUUGACACCGUUGAUCCCUGCAUGCGUAGGAAGCGAAAUUUCAUAUUUCGCAGACAACAUCUUGGAAAAAGUUUCAAUAACAUAACUGCAAAAGACAGUAAUGAUUUGGUGGCUGAAAUAAAAUGGACCAUCAUGGAUUUUGGACAAUCAGAAUUUUCUACACAUGGCCCCGUGAGGAAGCUUUCAUAUUUGAUCCGAACAUCGUUACCAAAGCUGCCUUUCUUUCAGUAUGAACUCUGGAUUAUAAUGGUUACUUUACAGCCAGCAGGUGUCAGUCUUAGAUCUGGUUUGACAGUUUGCCUUGUUUGUAACUGCUGUCUUGUUAGAAGUUUAGUUUUACUACAUCUAUAGUUGUUUAUGGAACGUGCCACUUUUUUGGUGAUCUUGUGUACAAUCCCCACAAAUUUAAAAUUUAUGUUGAAAAUGUAGGUAUUCUGAAAAUGCCAAAAAAAGAGAGUUUGCACCAAAGUCUGAAUCUCUGAAUAAAACAGAAUUAUUGCAGGUAUUAUGUACAGUACUAUGCAUGCAUUGACAAUCAUUUUUUAAAAGUGUGUACAAAUGUCAAGCUUGCAAGACUAUAUCAUGUGAUUUAGUUAAAUAAAGAAAACACUUUUCCCCUAA